CCUUAUCCUAGCGAUUGGGGCUCGGGCCUGUGAGCUAGUUGGAGUCGCGGCGGCGGGAACGAUUGGGCCGAGUGGAAGAAGACAUGUUGCUCUUCGUGGAGCAGGUAACAUCUAAAGGGACUGGUUUAAAUCCUAAUGCCAAAGUAUGGCAAGAAAUUCCUUCUGGAAAUCCUGAUGCCCCUUCUUUAACUCAUGGAACUGAAAGCUCUUGGCAUGAAACGGCAGCGUCAGGGUCUCAUCCUGAGGGUAAUACAGAGCUUUCAGAAGAUAUGUGUAAGGAAUAUGAAGCAAUGUAUCCUCCAUCUUGUGAAACCACAAGACAUACUGCAGUCAUUGAAGAAUCAACUGAUGGAAUGAUUUUAGGACCUGAAGAUCUGAAUUACCAAAUAUAUGAAGUUUCUGGAGAAAGCAGUUCAGCAAUUUCUGCAGAAGACCUAAAAGAAUGUCUGAGGAAACAAUUAGAAUUCUGUUUCUCACGAGAAAAUUUGUCAAAAGACCUAUAUUUGAUGUCGCAAAUGGAUAGUGAUCAGUUUGUUCCAAUUUGGACAGUUGCCAACAUGGAAGAAAUAAAAAAGUUGACCACAGAUCCUGAUCUUAUUCUUGAAGUGUUGAGAUCUUCUCCCAUGGUACAAGUUGACGAGAAGGGGGAGAAGGUGAGACCAAGUCAUAAGCGUUGUAUUGUAAUUCUCAGAGAGAUUCCUGAAACAACACCAGUAGAGGAAGUGAAAUCUUUGUUUAAAAAUGAAAACUGCCCCAAAGUUAUAAGCUGUGAGUUUGCACACAAUAGCAACUGGUAUAUCACUUUCCAAUCAGAUACAGAUGCACAACAGGCUUUUAAAUACUUAAGAGAAGAAGUUAAAACAUUUCAGGGCAAGCCAAUCAUGGUAAGGAUUAUUUGUAAAUACAACAGAAGACUUUAUGAAAAUAAGCUAAUUUUUAGCCUGAAGAAAGAUUUUUCUAUCAUGAUUUAUCCUUUCAUGUAUAUAUGGUCUUAUAUUUCUUUUAGUGUGAAGCCUCAUUUUAGGUCAUCCAGUGGUUUGGAACACUCAACAGAGGGCUCUGUAUCAUUGGGGGAUGGACCAUUGAACAGAUCUAGUUCAAGGAACUUUCCACCUGAGCGAAAUAACCUUACAGUAGCAGAGAAUCAAGAACAAACUUAUGUUCCAAAGGAGACUCCCAUUUUACAGAUGGAACAGAAUGGGGACUAUGGUAGGGGCAGGAGAACUGUCUUCAGAGGUCGAAGAAGACGAGAAGAUGACAGGAUCCCAAGACCUAAUCCUUCAACCACUGAAGCAAAGGCUCCAACACCAAAGUUUGACUUACUAGCUUCAAAUUUUCCUCCACUACCUGGAAGUUCAUCAAGAAUGCCAGGUGAACCCAUUCUGGAGAAUAGAAUGUCUGAUGUCGUUAAAGGUGUCUGCAAAGAAAAGGACAAUGAAGACAUGAGAAUUUGUUGUCAAGUGCCUGCAGAGGAUGAACAGACAGACUGCACUUCUGCCCAGCAACUCAAUAUGAGUACCAGUCCUCUGUGUACAGCUGAGCUCCCUGUAUUAAGUACAAUUCAGCAAGAAAAAGAUCUAAUAGAGGAUUCCACCGUUGAUAAGGAUGUUAUCAGUCAGAUGACUAUACCAAUUGCUUCCCCAAGUACUGCAAAGCCAUCAAGAGCAAGUACUGCUUCGCCAUGUAAUAACAACACAAAUAUACCUGUAGCUGUGGCCCUACAGGAACCCCGAAAGUUAAGUUAUGCUGAAGUGUGCCAGAAGCCCCCGAAAGAGCCAUCUCCAGUUCUUAUACAGCCUCUUCGGGAACUUCGCUCCAACGUAGUAUCUCCCACCAAAAAUGAAGAGAAUGGAGCUCCUGAGAAGUCUAUUGAAAAACCACAUGAGAAAACAGAAGCAAGAGCUAGUAAGGAUUAUUCUGGCUUCCGAGGCAAUACCAUUCCCAGGGGCGCAGCUGGAAAAAUCAGGGAACAGAGACGCCAGUUUAGCCAUAGGGCUAUACCUCAGGGAGUAACUCGACGUAAUGGCAAAGAGCAAUAUGUGCCACCCAUAUCACCAAAGUAAAAACAAACAAAAAACUAUUCAAAAACUUUCUCUCUUCCCAUUAAACUUGAGCCAUGGCUAUAUUGAACUGUUUUGGAGGGGAAUGGGUAGCCAGGAAGGAAACAGAAAGUAGGUCCUUAAAUCAUUAUGGAUUUUGGAAUUGAGAGCAGUAGGAUCCCAAAAUUCAUCUCUAAAGUGAUUUUAAUAUGCUGGAGGAUUCCAAUCAGUAUAAAUAUAUAUAAAUAUAUAAAUACAUAUAUAUAAAUAUAAUUUUUCUAUUUUUGUUUUUGAUUUUAAUUUGAAGAGAUUUUUCUGCCUGGAAUCAAUUUGAGGGUUCAGAUUUAGCUUGGGUAGGGGACAAAAACGUUAUACAUCCUUCAGUAUAGGAGAUGAGGGAGUGAGAGAAAAUAUUUUUUGAAGAAGCAUUUCUGUAAAAAUUAGAAAUUACUUUUUUAAAUCUAUUUCAAGUUUGGCUUGGAGAAUGCCAUCUCUUACUAUAUGGCCUUGUGUUGCAAAGCAGAUCAGUGGCUGGGUUAUCUGUUGUGGGUAUGAGUGUACAAGAGUGAUUUAAGCCAAAUCUGUUGUCAUGUUAGUAAAUGAUUUGAAAAC